CAGGCGGUGGUACGCAGUGAAUUAUAUCCCGAACCUUCUGUGCAAAGUUCGAAAUUUGCUUCCGUUUUUCCGGGCGGUGUUGUAAUUGUGAUUAACCAUCGAGAGCCGGUAAUCUGCACAUCCGGUGAGGCGUGUGCGGUGUUGGUCAUCGUCUCGGUUAGGAAGGGAUUAUAAAAGGAAAGAAAAAUAUUACGUCAAGCAAUAGGCAGCACCACCACACUCGCAACGAUCAAUUUUUCUACACUCAACCCACACGCGUGGAUGUGGCCGCCGCCGCACUUUUGUUUAUCCGUAGCGGCAACAAGCUAGCACGAGAUAGUCGCCAGUCGCCCUACAGCGCAGUUAACGUGCGCCAGUGGUGCGAGCGAGACCACAGGGAUUCCUUCACAUGCGUAGGGCUUAAGGGCCGCGAACGUCACAUCGAGUUGCUUAGAAUUCUAGCAGCCCUUGGACUUGCCGGUUUGUCGUUUGCCGGCUCCGCUGCUGGAAGGAAUACAAAGUUCAGGAAAAAAAUGAUUGAGAACGGUUAAAAUCGCACUUACUAUCGUGUGCAUUUAAUACCAAAUCUAAGUGCGCGAUUGGACCAUAAACUAAAGUAAACUUGUGCAGACAUGUUUUAAAAGGCUCUAAGAUUGUGACCAAAAGAAAGUGAACCUUGUCAAAUUUCCAUCUUGUAUCAAACCAGGAAGACUCUGGUGUUCGAAGUGGUGUGAUAAAAAAAAAUGUUUUAUAGUCGAUAGCGAUAUCGAUGUUGAUGAUAAAAAAAUUCGGAACUUUGAUAAACUUUGUCGAACUUUGAAGUGUUACGAUAUAGGGAACAGUGUGUGAAGUGAAUAUUCUGAAAUGUUUUAAUAGAUCACGAGUUCCCGACUACGAGUUAGCACUACAAUUUGAAGAUUUCCAUCUUGUAUCAAACCAGGAAGACUCUGGUGUUCGAAGUGGUGUGAUAAAAAAAAAAUGUUUUAUAGUCGAUAAUGAUAUCAUCGAUGUUGAUGAUAAAAAAUUUCGGUACUUUGAUAAACUUUGUCGAACUUUGAAGUGUUACGACAUAGGGAACAGUGUGUGAAGUGAAUAUUCUGAAAUGUUUUAAUAUAUUACGAGUUCCCGACUACGAGUUAGCACUUCAAAUUGAAGAUUUCCAUCUUGUAUCAAACCAGGAAGACUCUGGUGUUCGAAGUGGUGUAAUAAAAAAAAAAUGUUUUAUAGUCGAUAGCGAUAUCGAUGUUGAUGAUAAAAAUUUUCGGAACUUUGAUAAACUUUGUCGAACUUUGAGGUGUUACGAUAUAGGGAACAGUGUGUGAAGUGAAUAUUCUGAAAUGUUUUAAUAUAUUACGAGUUCCCGACUACGAGUUAGCACUUCAAAUUGAAGAUUUCCAUCUUGUAUCAAACCAGGAAGACUCUGGUGUUCGAAGUGGUGUGAUAAAAAAAAAUGUUUUAUAGUCGAUAGCGAUAUCGAUGUUGAUGAUAAAAAAAUUCGGAACUUUGAUAAACUUUGUCGAACUUUGAAGUGUUACGAUAUAGGGAACAGUGUGUGAAGUGAAUAUUCUGAAAUGUUUUAAUAGAUCACGAGUUCCCGACUACGAGUUAGCACUACAAUUUGAAGAAUUUUGGGGCUGCUGGCCAAUAUUUUCGGAGCUGAUAAUCCAUACAGACGUAGGAAGUACACGGAGAGAUCUUUUCAUUAAGUAAGCGCAAAACCCAACUACUCUAAACCGCCUCGAGAUGUCGCUGUGGGCGCGCGUUAAUCAGCUGCCUCAGCCUAUCCUGGACCAGAUACGGUUUAUCUAUGGCAACAACUUCCCCAUUGAGGUACGACACUAUCUGGCCGACUGGAUCGAGGAUCGUCUGCUUAAUGCACCGAUGUACACGAACGACCAGGAGACCGCGUACGAGCAGGAGGCGGCCAACUUCCUGAACCAGCUCAUUAUCGAAUUGGAGCGGACGGCGAUCAAUCUGCCGGAGAACAAUCUCACCAUUAAGAUACGGCUGAACGAGUCGGCUCGUAACUUCCGCCAGCUGUUCUCGCACAAUCCGGCCCAGCUGUACCAGCACCUGCUGAACUGCUUGCACCGGGAGCGCCAGUGCGUCUCGUACCCGGAGGAGUGCGUGAACGUGCAAGACCCGGAGGUGACGGAAGUGUUCAACGCGGUGCAGCAGCUGCAGAUCAUGGUGCGCACGAACGAGAACGACAACCGCAACCUGAUGAAGGAGUACGAGCACCUGCUGCUGGAGGUGCACGAGCUGCAGAAGAACCGGGCGCAGCUCGAGGCGAUGGAAAACACGGAAAUGCGGGUGCACGCGCACAACCAGCAUGCCCAGCACCAGAAGAUGGUGAACGAUCGGCUGCAGCUGUGCACCGGCAAGCGGCUGGCGCUGGUCGAUGGGUUCCGCAAGACGAUCCUCAUCACGGGCGAGGUGCAGAGUAAGGUCCUGUCGAAGUACCUGUCGCAGUGGAAGAUGAACCAGGGCUUCGCCGGCAACGGUGCGUCCACGAUGAGCGCCAGCAACCUCGACACCAUACAGGCGUGGUGCGAGAGCCUGGCCGAGAUCAUCUGGAGUACCAAGGAUCAGAUCCGGCUCGCCAUCAAAAACAAAUCCAAGCUGCACGUCGAGCAGGAGGAGGUACCGGAUCUGCUGCCGCAGGCCAUGAACGACGUGACGAACCUGCUCAAGACGCUCAUCACCAACACGUUCAUCAUCGAGAAGCAGCCGCCGCAGGUGAUGAAAACAAACACGCGCUUUGCCGCCACCGUGCGCCUUCUCGUCGGCAACACGCUCAACAUCAAGAUGGUCAACCCCCAGGUGAAGGUGUCCAUCAUUUCCGAGGCACAAGCUCAGCAGACGCAGCAGACGAACAAGGCAUGCGAGCAGUCCUGUGGCGAGAUCAUGAACAAUAUUGGCAAUCUAGAGUAUAACGAGACCACCAAACAACUGUCGGUCAGUUUUAGGAAUAUGCAACUAAAAAAGAUCAAGCGGGCGGAGAAGAAGGGCACCGAAUGUGUGAUGGAUGAGAAGUUUGCAUUGCUGUUUCAGUCCAGCUUUGCAGUCGGACACGGUGAUCUGGUGUUUUCGGUAUGGACCAUCUCGCUGCCAGUGGUUGUGAUUGUACACGGCAAUCAGGAGCCGCAGUCGUGGGCCACCAUCACCUGGGAUAACGCGUUCGCCGAUAUGCACCGUGUGCCGUUCCAGGUGCCGGACAAGGUGUGCUGGAACCAGCUGGCCGAAGCGCUUAAUAUGAAGUUCCGGGCGUCGACGGGACGCUCGCUCACCCCGGAGAACAUGCACUUCCUGUGCGAGAAGGCGUUCAAAACGACGCUGCCGUUCCCGGUGCAGAACGAUGUGACCAUCAUGUGGUCGCAGUUCUGCAAGGAGCCCAUUCCCGACCGCUCGUUCACCUUCUGGGAGUGGUUCUACGCGGCGAUGAAGGUGACACGCGAGCAUCUGCGCGGUCCCUGGAUGGACGGCAGCAUCAUUGGGUUCAUACACAAAUCGAAGGCCGAAGACUAUCUACUCAAGUGUCCGCGGGGCACGUUUCUGCUGCGCUUUUCCGACAGUGAACUAGGUGGCAUUACAAUCGCCUGGGUGAACGAAGGCAACGAUGGGCAGCCGCAAAUACUGCACAUUCAGCCCUUCACAGCGAAGGAUUUCUCCACCCGCUCGCUGUCCGAUCGCAUUCGCGACUUCGAUGAUCUCUACUUUCUCUAUCCGAACAAAUCGAAGCAGGAGGCCUUCGAUCGGUACACCACGCCCGUCGGUCCGCCGCGCAACAAGAACUAUAUCGCGUCGGAGGUACGCGCCGUCCUGAUGCCCGGACCGAACAAUAACCAAAUGAACAGUUUUCCCAACACCCCAUCGUACAACAUUCAAUCGCCCGACGCGUCCCGGGACACACCUUCUACUGGUUUCGGCAGCAGCAGCAGUCGAAAUGUGGGCUACCCCCAGCAUCGUUACGCGCCGAACUUCGAAACGUACGUGCAGGCGGACGACUUUGGGCCACCCUCCGUGGGCAGCAGCCAUGCGUCCGGCCCGGGCACCACUACCGCCACUCACUCGCUGGUCGGCAGCCCGCUGCGGCCUCCGCCGGCAUCCAGUGUGCUUUCUACGGUGAGCAACAGCAGCGGUAGUGUCGUCGCUGCGACCGGCCCUCCUCAUGGCCAUGCCACCAUCGAUCAUGGUGCUCAAUUACUUGCGCAACAGCAUUACCCACCGGCGCAUAAUCCUGUCGAGCAACAACGGCAUCAGCAGCUGUCGAACCAACAGUUCCAUCAGCACAAUUUGGCCGACGAUGUUGCCAUGCUAGAUGCUGGCGGAGAUCGUUCACAGCAGCUGCACAGUCAACACCUCCAACAGCAGCAGCAGCAGCAGCAGCAUAUAUUACCGUCCAUGCUAUCAGCAUUUUCCUUCACCAACAUGCCCUUCGGCGAGGCGAACCGAUCUGCUUUCCGACAGCAGCAGCACCAGCACCAGCAGCAGCAUUUACUUAAUCACGCUGAAAGUCCAACCCACAGCAAGGAGGGCAACGGUUCGGCCUCAUCCGCCUCGAGCGUGGAGUACAACAGCAACUGUCCACCGGAAAGGUCGUCAGCACGAAUGGUCUCGCCGACCACACCUGACGACCUGGAGGUGCUGACGGAUUUGCUCAGCAAUGCUGGCGCCGAUACCAAUAACAAUUGGUUCAAUCAGACACCUUAAGCACGUCGUCUCCACCGCCGUUUUGCCUUCUAGCAGUAGAGAACCUCCCGCCCUCUCCCAUACCCUUACCUUAUUUCCUCCACAUCUCUCGUUGGAUGAUCUUUGUACAGCGGGAAACGACGGGAAGAAAGUAGCAAAAAAAACGAGUUUCUGGAUGGCGGGGGGGAGGAUCUUGUGAUUAUGCUUUUCAACUAGCUACUGCCGAAACUCUGCCGGAUUUUAUACACCCUUGAAAUAAAUU